AUGAGAUCAUUCACGGUGCACAAUCACCUAAGUCGUUUAUGGAAGCGCUCAUUAUCCCGUUACGUAAGAAAUGGGAUUCCGACGACGCCAUGGACUAUAGGCCAAUUUCCUGUUGCAAACGGGAUACAAGGUAACUGCGAAGGUCUCGGCGACGCGUAUGCAGCAGUGUCUGUCUCAUGUCAUCGGUUCUUCUCAACAAGGAUUUGUUCACGAACGACAAAUGCAAAGACGGUGUCGAUGAUGCUCGCUCACCUCCAAAGAGUACGUGAAGAGAGUACUUUGAACGCCGACGCCAGCCGUGCCAUCGUUUUACUGGAUUUUCGAGAAGCCUACGACACGGUCGACCGCGACUUCAUAGUAGAGGCGGUCCGACUGUUCGGAUUUAGCGAAAAUUUUCUCGCGCUCAUUCAACGGCUUCAUACCAACACGACCGCACGCUAUUCGGUCAAUGGUGAGCUUUCUUCACUUCGGACGUCGAGGUGCCGACCGUUGCAAUACAAACGUCGCCACAUCUUCCCGGGCUCACACUUCCCGGAGAACACACAGAAACCGAUAUAUAUUCGGGGUUUGUCGACGACUCUAACACUGUUUCUCCAACAAGCUAGUCUACUACGAUCGGCUAUGGACAUUGUUCUGGAGUUCGGACGGCUUUCGGGGUUACAGAUGCAAACGACAAAAAGCCAAAUCAUAUUUUUAAACACGGCUAUUCGUCAACUCACGUAUCAGGGAAUCGCAGUAGUUGCUCCGUCAACAACUACGAGGUAUCUCGGCUAUCAAGUGGGUACAGGAAAGUUACGCAGCAUUAAUUCGUCUCUAUGUUUCAAAAAAGCACAGCGCCGCCUCCUCACUGCAACGCGAGCAUCGACGACCCUCGAGCACCGCAUUCUUAUCCUCAAUGCGAUAGUUCUACCCGGGAUUUUGUUUACAGCUGUGGUCUUCGAGCCCCAGCUGGGCGCUCACACAGCUGGAUCAUCUUUACAAACAAUUCCUGUGGAUGAAGUCCAACAAGAUCGAUCCCGGGAGACACAAAGUCGCCCCAGGCCUCCUUUAUUCCCCGUAAGGCAGGCGGCAUUGGCCUCGUUUCGGUCCCAGUCUCCAUCAAAACCCAGCGGGUAUUACACGCGCUACUGGCACUUACUCGGGCGGAGGAAGUUUAGUCUUCAGCGUGGGUGUCCUGGAUUACGAAUGGUGCAAACAUAA